AUUUUUAGUUUCUGGGCCGAAUUUCAAGGAAAGGUGGUGUCUUCGCUCUAAGGAUAUCCCGAAAAAACAGCAGCCAUGGACGCGAUGGCAGCUGGUAAGAUGAUCCAGGGAGUGCAAACCGCCUUCCAGAUGCUGAGUAUACUCAAACUCACGGACAGCAUGUACCCCCCGCAAGCAGAUAUAAUAACUUUCCCGUGCUACGACGUCAUCGUGAUCGGCGGAGGGACGGCCGGCUGCGUGGUCGCGAGCAGACUCGCGGAAGAUCGAAAAACUCAGGUCCUUCUUAUCGAGGCAGGAGGGUUUCCUCCGUUCGAAUCCACCUUACCAGGCUUGUUGGUGUAUCAAAAAAAUUCAACAGCAGAUUGGAAAUACACGGCCACAGAUUUUAUAGCGGCAGAAUCCUGUCAAAAGAACACAACAGAGAUUUUAUCACUUGGCAAAGUGCUUGGCGGAACCAGCACUGUCAACUAUCUCAUUUACUCUGAAGGUGGGAAAAAAGACUACGACCAAUGGGGUGCAGCUGCCAACGACUCCAAUUGGAACGGGGAAUCAGUACUCCCCUACUUUAUCAAGAGUCAGCGGUUGGAGGACCCCACUAUUGAGGAAUCCGCAGAUGGAGAUUUCUAUGGAUAUGACGGCCCGAUAAUUCUCACCAAAGAUAGGACUCAAGAUGCUGAAAAUUAUUUAAAUGCAUUCGAACAAUCUGGGCAAAUUGUACGAGACGAUACAAAUUUUGAAAAUCCCGUAGGAUUCAGCCCAGCAAUGUUUAACAUAGGAAAUGGUGUCCGGCAAGGUACUGCCAACACCUAUAUUAGUCCAAUGAAAAACUACACGAAUUUCCAUGUUUUAAGAAAUGCAUUGGUAACUAAAAUAAUUUUUGACAAAUCAAAAAAAGCUGUUGCAGUGCAAGUAACUGUUGAUGGACAAAAGUUUACAGUUAAAGCUAAAUUAGAAAUAAUACUUUCAGCUGGCGCGAUAAACUCUCCGAAGGUUUUAAUGUUUUCUGGUAUAGGUCCAAAAGAAGAAUUGAAACGUCAGGGUAUUGAAGUUAUCUCAGAUCUUCCAGUUGGCAGGAAUUUGCAAUAUCAAUCAUCUACAAUAUUAGUAUUCCGUUUUACAAACACUCGAGGCAAGCCAGCGUCUAUGGAUCCAGGCCAAUACCCUGCUACAGUAAUCGCCGGCUAUGUUGCUUUAAAUAAGUCUUGCGACCGACCCGACUAUCUCGCUCUCAAUUACAUCAACUACGCAAGCUUUCUGUCACUUUAUAGUAAAUUAACUUAUCAGUUUCCUGAUGAGGUCACUAACGAUCUCUUCUCACCAUGCGGUAAAUACAGGAGUAGUGACCAAUACCAAAUCAUGUUUUCUGUCCUCUCCAAUUUGAAUAUGAAGACGAGGGGCGUGGUAUCAUUGAGUAGUACCAACUUCGACGAUCAGCCUACAAUUAACGUGUCAAAAUACUACCAGAGUUCUGACUUAGACAAUCAGGUUAAGUACAUUCAAGAUUUUUUCAAAAUCGUAGACACGCCCUUUUUUAAGGAGGCUGGAGGAGAAUUCCUGGCUCCAGUAUUGGAAGAAUGUGAUGGCCUAGAAAAAUAUAGUACGGAGUACUGGAAAUGCUAUGCUCAAUGUAUGGGGUCUAUAAGACCUUUGUUUGGAGGUACUACGUCUUUGGGCUCUGUAGUCGACAGUAGACUACGUGUGAAAGGAGUGAAGGGGCUCAGAGUGGUCGAUGCUGGUAUAAUGACGGUACUGCCGAGGGCUGUCCUUCUGGGGCCUACAGUAAUGAUAGGCGAAAAAGCUGCUGAUAUGAUCAAAGAAGAUAAUCAUUUGUGAGAUAUUAUUUCUGAUGUCAUUAAUAUAGUUUCCGUGUGUUUUAAAAGCUUGUGUAAUUUCUAAUAUAGUGAACAAUACGAUGGCAUCAUAAAGAGUUUAUGAUAUCGUAUGUUUACACGAAUGUGAGACACUGAAAUAAAACUAUUUUACGGAUUUUA